AUGUAUGGUAAGUUUAAAGAAGGGCUCAUUGAUGAUUAUGGCGCUCUCUCUUCUUGGGGGAACUCAUCAACUGAAGACUGCUGCAAAUGGAGAGGAGUCCGAUGUAGCAACCGCACUGGUCAUGUGAUGGCGCUCCAUCUUCACUGUCCCUCAGACUGGGAAAAUGAUUAUCAGCGUUUGAGAGGUAAGAUUAGUCCUUCAUUGCUUGAAUUGCAACAUUUGAAGUAUUUGGACCUCAGUUUCAAUGAUUUUGAAGGAAUCCCCAUCCCAGAAUUCAUUGGUUCCUUUAGCAGUUUACAAUACCUCCAUCUUUCAGAUAAUGGUUUUGUGGGUACGAUUCCUAAUCAGUUUGGGAAUCUUUCCGAAUUGCGUUCUCUUGAUUUGAGCUCUAAUUUUGAAGUGAGUGUAAAAAGUUUAGAGUGGGUUUCUCAUCUUUCUUUAUUAAGAUACCUUGAUCUGAGCUGGCUUAAUCUUAGCAAUGCAAUAGAUUGGAUGGAAGCAACCAGUAAGCUCCCUCUCCUAACGGAAUUGCACUUGAGUUUUUCUGAUCUCCAUGGUAUCAUUUCACCCCAACUUCCAUUGAUAAAUUCUUCUGCAUUGUCUCUUGCUGUCCUUGAUCUCUCUUUCAAUUCUCUGAAUUCUUUACUAUACAGUUGGUUGUUCAAUUUCAAUACUAGUCUUGUUCAUGUAGACCUUUCUCGUAACAAUUUACAAAGUCUGAUCCCUGAUUCUUUCGGAAACUUCAAUUCCCUUGCCUAUCUUCGUAUCACUUCCAGUCAACUUGAAGGUGGGAUUCCAAAAUCCAUUGGGAACUGUACUAGUUUACAAACAUUGCGUUUGGCUUGGAAUCAUCUUGGUGGUUCACUGCCUCACAGCAUUACUAGACUUUCAUCUUUGAAGGAAUUGUAUCUUGAUGGUAAUCAAUUGAAUGGGUCUUUACCAGAUUUAACCCGAUUAUCUUCAUUGAGAGAGCUGUAUAUUUCGAGCAAUCGAUUGAGUGGGUCUUUACCAGAUUUAAAAGGAUUAUAUUCAUUGAGAUUUUUGGAUCUUUCGAACAAUAGCUUGACUGGACCACUACCCAAAAGUAUUGGGCAACUUUUCAUGCUUGAAUUUUUGGACGUCUCUUCAAAUUCUUUACAAGGUACAAUCUCCGAAACCCACCUCUCAAAUCUCAACAACUUGAAACAUUUGGACUUGUUUGAUAACUCCCUAUCAAUAGUUCAGAUUGGAUUCCUCCUUUUCAACUCGAUGUCAUACACUUGCGGUCUUGCCGGUUGGGCCCUCGUUUCCCAAACUGGCUUCUCACUCAAACAAUUACUCUCAGCUUCAUAUCUCUAA